UUGAUUGUAAUGUCAGUGCAGUCCAAUUUGCAGGCUGGAGCAGAAGCUGCUUACUGCAUUUCCCUGAAGUAUUAUAUGAUUUCCAUUCCUUGUAAACUUUAUCAUCUUCAUUGCAGUGGGUCGGAAACCAAUAUGCAGAGCAAGGGUACAAUCAUAUACAUCAGAUUUCUCUUGCGGUUUCUUCUGCUCUGGGUGCUCUUUGGGAAGUCACACACUGAAGAAGACGUCAUAAUUGCCACCAAGAAUGGAAAAGUCAGAGGGAUGAACUUGCCAGUUCUUGGGGGCACAGUAACAGCCUUUCUUGGAAUCCCCUAUGCACAACCACCUCUUGGUAGACUUCGAUUCAAAAAGCCACAGUCCUUGACCAAGUGGCCCAAUAUUUGGAAUGCCACAAAAUAUGCAAAUUCUUGCUAUCAGAACACAGAUCAAAGUUUCCCAGGCUUCCUUGGAUCAGAGAUGUGGAACCCAAACACUGACCUCAGUGAAGACUGUUUAUAUCUGAAUGUGUGGAUUCCAGCACCUAAACCAAAAAAUGCUACUGUCAUGGUAUGGAUCUAUGGUGGUGGUUUUCAGACCGGGACAUCAUCUUUGCAUGUUUAUGAUGGCAAGUUUCUGGCACGGACUGAAAGAGUUAUUGUGGUUUCAAUGAACUAUAGGGUGGGUGCCCUAGGAUUCUUAGCUUUACCGGGAAAUCCUGAGGCACCAGGAAACACGGGCUUAUUUGAUCAACAGCUGGCCCUUCAGUGGGUCCAAACAAAUAUAGCAGCCUUUGGUGGAAAUCCUAAGAGUGUAACUCUCUUUGGAGAAAGUGCAGGAGCAGCUUCAGUUAGCCUUCAUUUACUUUCUCCUAGAAGCCACCCAUUGUUUACCAGAGCCAUUCUGCAAAGUGGAUCCUCUAAUUCCCCUUGGGUAGUGACAUCUCUUUAUGAAGCUAGGAACAGAACAUUGACUUUAGCUAAAUUUAUUGGUUGCUCUAGAGAAAAUGAGACUGAGAUAAUCAAAUGUCUUCGAAAUAAAGAUCCCCAGGAAAUUCUUCUGAAUGAAGUAUUUGUUGUCCCUUAUGGUACGCUCUUGUCAGUAAACUUUGGUCCAACUGUGGAUGGUGAUUUUCUCACUGACAUGCCAGACACACUACUCCAACUUGGACAGUUCAAAAAAACCCAGAUCUUGGUGGGUGUUAACAAAGAUGAAGGGACAGCAUUUUUAGUAUACGGUGCUCCUGGUUUCAGCAAAGAUAACAAUAGUAUUAUAACUAGAAAAGAAUUUCAAGAAGGUUUAAAAAUAUUUUUUCCGGGAUUGAGUGAAUUUGGAAAGGAAUCGAUCCUUUUCCACUACAUGGACUGGUUAGAUGAUCAGAGAGCUGAAAACUACCGUGAGGCCUUGGAUGAUGUUGUUGGGGAUUAUAAUAUCAUAUGCCCUGCCUUGGAGUUCACCAAAAAGUUCUCAGAUAUGGGAAACAAUGCCUUUUUCUACUAUUUUGAACACCGAUCUUCCAAACUCCCUUGGCCAGAAUGGAUGGGAGUGAUGCAUGGUUAUGAGAUUGAAUUUGUCUUCGGUUUACCUCUGGAAAGAAGAGUUAAUUACACAAAAGCUGAGGAAAUUUUGAGUAGAUCCAUUAUGAAACGCUGGGCAAAUUUUGCAAAAUAUGGAAAUCCAAAUGGGACCCAAAACAAUAGUACAAGAUGGCCUGUCUUCAAAAGCAAUGAACAAAAAUAUUUAACCUUGAAUACAGAGUCACCAAGAGUAUACACUAAACUACGUGCUCAACAAUGCAGAUUCUGGACACUAUUUUUUCCCAAAGUCUUGGAAAUGACAGGAAAUAUUGAUGAAGCAGAACGAGAAUGGAAAGCAGGAUUCCAUCGGUGGAACAAUUACAUGAUGGACUGGAAAAAUCAAUUUAAUGAUUACACUAGCAAGAAAGAAAGCUGUGCAGGUCUCUAAUUAAUAGAUUUACCCUUUAUUGAACAUUCUUCUUCCGGUAGAUUAAGGCAAAAAUAUCUCUUACACACCUGGUAAGAAAGCUAUUAUAUAGCUGAUGCAAAAAUGCCAGAAGGAUAAUAUUGAUUUCUCACAUCUUUCACUUAGUAUUGUACCUAGCAUUUCAAAACCCAAAUGGCUAGAACAAGUUUAAUUACAUUUCACAUUAUAAAGUUUCACAAUUAAUUAUAUGCAUAUUAAAACAAUUUGCAGCUUCAAACUCUCUCUUUCCUGAAUAACUUUAAGAUUUUUUUUCCCUAAAAAGUAUCUGUGUUCUUUUUCCAGUCUCAACUUUAUUUUCAUUACCACUCAUAAAAGGUAUCUUUUAAAAAUGGAUAAGGUCUUGAAACAUUAGAUACUAUAAUUUACAAUAUUACUUCCUUUAAUUAAUUUAUGCAUUUAAUGUUAAUAUGAUAUAUUAAAACAAACAGAAAAUAAUUGGCUGCUUUGUUUUUUUAUAUAAAGGCAAGAGAAUUUAUUUAUUUAAGAGAAUCUUAAAAUAACAGACUUGGUCACUUGGAAACACCUUAUGAUAAAAACAAAAUGUUACUACCAAGAGACAAAAUGUAAAAGAAUAUAAUUAUUUAUAUUUUGUAUUUUUUAAAAAUAUGUAUGCUUGGAGUCCUCAAAUUAUAUUCCUCAUUCUUUCAACUCUUUUUUUCCUCACCUCCCCACUCCCCAACUCUCCUCAAACAUGCCCACAUGUAAAUUACUCUUCCGGUAACUCAAAAAUUAAAAAAUGUGGGUGAGCAGAAGUCUAAAUGAACAAUUUCAGAAGUCACGUACCAUCUGGAAUAAGGGAACCCUUGGCUGGACCCAGAAAUGUCAGGAUUUUAGUAGAGAAAUUGUUCAAUUCCAAAAAAGAAAUGAUUAUACUUUCUGCAGACAAACUAUAUUGUUUUAAUAAUUUAAAAAAUUACAAAUUUGCAUUUACUAACUUGAAUGUCAAGAGAACACAUCCCAUGAAUAAAUUCACUGUCUUUCACUAAAGGGGAGAAGUCAGGGGAUUUUAAAUCCCAGGAAAGGGCAAUACUGUUGAUUAUGCUAAUUAAGCAUUGAAAACUAGCACUCAGGAUAGGAUAAAGUGAGUCUAUCCGUCUGUAGACUGUUGGUUAACGCAGUCUCAUUAUUCAUUGGUCAUAAGUAUGUCUAUAGUUAGAUCCAAUAUAGGUCUGCCAUCCUCAUCAAAUUGUCACUCAAAGAUCAUGGUAUUUUAUCAAAUUCAGCUGAUUAAAGAGAGUUGUUAUACAAGCCAAGUUAGUUCAUUUCAGUGCUGCUGUAAAUGUACAUUUUGCUUUAUAUUUCUUCCCUCAUCCUGAGAUGAAGAAAAAAACCAUACAAAGGAUAGACAAAUUAUCUGGCUUUCCAUUCUACACCACCAUCUUCAUUUCAGGGACCAUUCCCCUAGGAUCUAUUAUGUUUUCUGAAUCACCUGAGCCUCCUUUUUAGGUAGAACCCUCCUACAUAUGAAAUAACUGGAUGAUACCUGUUCAACAGCAUUAAAGACCCUUUAAAAGUUCUCUUAAUGAGAGCAAUAAUGAGGAAAACAUAACUAAUGUUUGUAGAAUACCUGUAACCUCCUUCAUAUGACAAAUGCAGUCAUAUGAAAAGAUCCCAUGGACCACUUUGUCCUACCUUGGACAACAAAUUGCUUCAUUCUUGAAUUUUAACUAGAACACCUCUUGACUUACUCUGAAGCUUUUAUCCAUGAGUUUAUUUUGCUUUACUCUGUCUUAUCCUUGGUCUGAAAUCUCAUCAUUAGAGUUACCAAUUCAUGAGACGAUAAUAAAGCAGUAGGAGUGACAGUGAUUUUAGAAGUGAAUGCUAACACAACCAUGCACACACAACACAAAAACUCAUUUAUCUCACUAAAAAAUAAAAGGC